AAGGACAGAGAACUCGAUAAAUAGGUGCACUCCUUCUAAUCCAACAUUCUCUUCUUAAUCCCACACCAUCUAAUUAGUUCAUUCUCUUCCUUUUCUUUUUCUUUUUAUUCGCCGAAUCUAUUCAAUUGCUAUAAUAUUAUAAACUCUGAUCUGAUCGAUCAGUCGCGUUGUAUGUCUCAACGGAGAAGUUCGCCGGUGGUUGUCGCCCGGAAGAAUAAGCCGCCGCAUCCGUCGCCGUCGCCCCGUCGUAGGACGAAGAGCAAGUCGAGGCCUAUCAAGAUCCUGAAGCGCUGUUCGUCGGCGCCUCUACUUUCACGCCGUGAUAACGACGAUGGUGACGUUGACCUUGACGGUGACGACCAUUAUUCGAGGACGAGCGGAGGAGGCUCGUUUUUCCGCCCUAAAACCUUUUCGGAUGCCUUUCUGUCUUCCCCUUCUCCCUUUUCCUCUCCACGGAUUCACACCAAACAGAUAAUAAAGGGGUACAAGUACGACAAAGAAGCAAAGGUGGUAGUUAAUGUGACCGUUGAGGGAAGUCCAGGGCCAGUCCAAACGAUGGUUAAACUGGGGUCCAGUGUGGAGGAUACUAUCAAGCGUGUGGUCGAUAAAUAUACAGAAGAAGGCAGGAGCCCCCAGAUCGAUGCUAAUAUGGCUUCUUCAUUCCAAUUGCAUCACUCCUAUUUCAGUCUCCAUAGUUUGGACAAAUCAGAAGUCAUUGCGGAUGUGGGUAGUAGAAGUUUUUAUCUGCGGAAGAAUAAUGAUGCAUCAUCUACUUUGACUUCUUCAUUUCAUUGGGGAAGUGCUCCCGAAUUAGCCACACAUACUUCCACUCCAUCCAUAGCAAAUCCUCCGUUGUUGAUCCCAUCUUUCAUUGCCCGCAGGAUUUGCAAAAUUGUCAGAAGAGCUCACCGCCUUUGGAAGAUUUUGGUUUGCUCUCAGUGAGGACAUUCAAAAUCCUCCCCCCCCCCAGUCAAUUAUAGGAAAAAGCAACGAUUUUUUUUCUGUUGCUUUUCAACCCUUCAUCUCCACAUUUUAUAUUCGAUCUACAUAUAUAUUUAUGGUUUGAAAAUAUUUUUUACUUC